GAGCUGCGAGAGGGCGAGGAGAGAUGGCUCAUGGCAACCCCGUGCCUAAAUUCUACAAAUCGGUUAUCGACGAUGUGAUUGAAGUUGUCCAGGAUGUCUUUGCAGAAGAAGGGGUUGAUGAGCAGGUCCUGAAAGAGCUGAAGCGGCGCUGGGAAACGAAAGUGAUGCAGUCUAAAGCGACGGAAAGCUUCUUCCGCCACAGCCACCUUCCUCCUCAGUUCACCUUGCACCUGCCUCCCAACUUCCACCAAGCCCUGCAGACGACAACAGCUUCUGCCAUCCUACCCCUUGGAAAAACUGUCCCAUCGGAUUGGGGGGGAUGGACAGCAUGGGAGGUGGGCACCUCCAGGUCUGCCGGUACAAUCUUCACCCUGCCUUCAGGCCUCACCUAUCCCAUCCAAAUACCCGCUGGUGUGACUCUGCAGACGGCUUCUGGGCAGCUGUAUAAAGUCAACAUGCCGGUGGUGGUCACCCAGGCCCCGGGAGGUGCAAGUGUCCUCCAGAAUCCAGUUCAGCAAAUAUUCCAGCAGCUUGGGCGGCAGCCCUCAGGAGCUCAGCCUGUGUCCGCUGGUGCCGUUCUGGUAAAUGCCUCUUCUCAUCAGGCACCCAGUGAAAACCUGCAGGCCCCGAAUCCUGCUGUAUCUCAGCAAGGGGGAAUGGAAGAGAAGACCUUGCCGGCUGCUGCUGCUGUCAUACAGGAGGCUAUUGGGAGUCAUGGGAAAGCUGCAGUGGGAGCUCUGGUAAGAGAGCAACCAACCAGCUCCCUGGAGACCCUUCCAAAUGCAGCUGUUCUUGACUUGAAAUUAUCUGAAGCACACUGCCCUACAGUGGCCACAGAAGCGACGGCAGGAAGCUCUCCCAAUGGGUCGGAAUUGCCAGUCAAUCUCGAGCAGUCGCUGGAUCCCGACGAUAUAAUUGAGCUGAUAAUUAUGGGCAACGAGUUGGACGACAGCACUCUCCUGUCUGAUGAAGCCAACCUCUCCUUUUCUGAAGAGCUAGAGACUAGCGUGCAGAUGGAAGCUGAUCUGCAGACCCAGAAGGAUAUUGCCAAUAAUAUCGAAGAGAUAAUUCAGCUGGAUGGAACAGGUGAUGCUUCUCCCAAGGCAGAAAUAGGAAGCCCAAGAGAUGGGGAAGAUGAGGAACUUGUGGGCAUCAUUGAUGCUGAAGAUCUGAAGGUCCUGGAUGAGGAAGAGGAAGAAGAAGAAGGUGAAAACAGUACCUCAGACAAUCAAUCUCUUAGCAGCAGUAGUGAUGUGGAUGAACCCCCGGUUGACAUAAUUGAGGAGGAUCCUUUAAAUUCUGGGGACGAUGUCAGUGAGCAGGAGACACCAGAUGUAUUUGACACCGAUAACAUAAUUGUAUGCCAGUAUGACAAGGUUCAGCGGAGUAAGAACAGAUGGAAGUUCUACUUGAAAGACGGCGUGAUGUGCUUUGGGGGAAAGGACUACGUUUUUUCCAAAGCUAUUGGAGAUGCAGAAUGGUGA